GUUUGCAGAAGAACUUUCUUGACUCUGGAUACAGGAUUCUUGGAGCUGUAGCCAAAGUCCGAGAAGCCUUCCAGCCCCAGGAGCCAGAUUUUCCCCCUCCUCCUCCUGACCUUGAGCAACUCCACCCUGAAGUGACCAGUGGGGGUAAGGAAGCCCCCGCUGAGGCUAGCCUAGGUGUAGCCCGGGAGGAGGCGGAGGAGGAGGAAGCAGAAGCUGAAUUCACCCUCCCCUCUGACAUGGAAGACGAUUACGAGCCUGAGCUGCUGCUCAUGCCAACCAACCAGCUUGUUAACCAGCCAAUUCUAGCCGCUGCUCAGUCUCUGCACCGGGAAGCAACCAAGUGGUCCAGUAAGGGAAAUGACAUCAUUGCCGCCGCCAAGCGCAUGGCCUUGCUGAUGGCCGAGAUGUCCCGCUUGGUGAGAGGUGCCAGCGGAAACAAGCGGGCUCUCAUCCAGUGUGCGAAAGAUAUCGCCAAAGCGUCUGAUGAAGUGACCCGUCUGGCUAAAGAGGUGGCCAAACAGUGCACGGACAAGAGGAUCCGAACAAACCUCCUGCAGGUUUGUGAACGAAUCCCAACCAUCAGUACUCAGCUGAAAAUCCUGUCCACGGUCAAAGCAACCAUGUUGGGCCGGACCAGUAUCAGCGAUGAGGAGUCUGAACAGGCCACUGAGAUGUUGGUCCACAAUGCCCAGAACCUCAUGCAGUCCGUCAAGGAAACUGUCCGAGAGGCUGAAGCAGCUUCUAUUAAGAUCCGAACGGAUGCUGGAUUCACCUUACGCUGGGUCAGGAAGACCCCAUGGUACCAGUAGAGAGCACAGUUCUUCCCCCUGAGCAUUGUUUUUUUUUUCCCCACGAGAACCCCCCCCCUUCUGCAAACCACCAGAAGGAGCUGCUGAGGUUGGCUCAGGAGUCUCUUGAAGCGCCAUCCUGAGGGUUUGUAAUAGUGCGUUGGGCUGCUUUGGGUAUCUAAUCUCACUUUAGCUCAUUUCCAGACUUUUCCCUUCUCUUGCUUUUGAUUUAUUUUUAUUAUUUUUAGGAACACUAUUUUAAUCCGGUUCUUCUCUCCUCUACCUCUGUCAUGAUUGUGUUUUCUAUGCAACACACCAGUUUUGUUGUAGCAUAAUUUGAAAAUCUGGGCCAUCUUUGUUGGCUUAGUUGGUCAUUGUGAGGGACAAUCAGGAAAACCAAUAGUUGGGAUUUUCAGUUUUUUGCUGUUGGAUUAUUAUUAUUAUUUGGAUGAGAAGAUGAUAAAUUUAAUUUUAUCCUAUCCAAAGUGAAAAGCACCAUUCCUUUGGCAGAAGGAAGUGAGUUUAGCAAUCAAAAGUUGCUGCUUUCCCCACCACCACUAAUGGCAAUUUCUAAACAAGACUUUGGGGAAGAAUUUUCCAUAGCUAUCAAGUUCCUUCAGAACAAAAACUCCUAUGCCAGACCUUAGGAGAUAUAUUUUUUGAGUAGCAAUAGCAAUAAAGAUUUAUAUACCGCUGCUGUUACAGCUCCCUCUAAGCAGUUUUAGUCUCAGCCUCUU